AUGCGGGCGUUGCUCGCAGAUGUCGAGCUCGAGCCGCAGUUCCAACAGCUACAGCUACAGCUGCAUCUUCCGUCAAUGAAAAUAAGUUCCAAAGAGAUUGUGGGCACUGCACGACACCUGGCCCUGUCAGACGUGUUGCAAAGCACUGACUGGAUGGCAGGCGAUGAGCUCGCCGACAUUCGGAAUGCACUGCGCCUGCUGACGAGAGGCUUUACAGAUGCCAUGGUGAAGCGGGGAGGUUUGCCCAUCUACCAACUGCCUCUUCCCAAGGCUGAUCUGGAGGAGACGCUGCCUUCGGAGUACCACGUGGCAGCUGUGGACUGUUCCGUGCUGCCGCACCUGCCACUGCAUCUUCAAGCGUCACUGGGAAAGCCACCCCUGUGUGAGAGCACCAACUUGAAGGAUCUGCACUUGCGCAACCUCCGCUUUUUCAUAGAACAGACGCAGUUCAACAUCCGGCAUCAGAAGGACUUGAAGACACGAGGCGGCUACAUCGCAGCAGGCGACAUGGAGCGUAUCAUCAACUACAUGGAUGAGGAGCACUUUGCUGCCGGCCGGGAUCUCGCAGAGGCUCGGGCGCUGCCAGACGACUCGGCCCUGCGGCCCUCGAAUGCAGAGGGUUUCCGCUGCGCGGAGGAGUGCCACCUCCAGUCCGACCGCUGUCGUGCCCUUCGGGCCACCUUGGAGGCGGUGCAAAGGGGGACAUACUUGUGGUGCAAUUGCCUGGCGAAGAGAAGCGAGACCUCCGUGUUGAAUGUGCUGCUCCGGCUACGCGAUGCCGAGUACCAAAGAGCAGUGGAAGGCAACAGCGCUUUGAAGGUGACGGUGCUGUCAACGAUGGCAGCUCCCGCCUGGCGACUGGUCUCAUCCGGGGAUGCAUUCCUCAGCCUCUUUGGUGCUUCGCGGGAAGUGAAGGUCUCCGUGGACGGCAAGGAUGGUCAGACCCUGCGUGUGACUUGUGCUCGUGUUGACCGUCCAGACCGACCUCUCUUGAUCCAGCGUGCGCACAAAGGAGACAGGGACAGGGACGAGGCAUUCCAGGAAGUUGAUGAGACUCCUCUGCGGAAGGCGGCAAUCUGCGCCUACUGCAAGUCACUGGCCGAAUCAAACUGCUGGCACCGUUUGAUGCUGGACCUGUCCUUCGAAGAUGCCAGCUGCCAGCGAACUCACACAGAUUGGGAGCGCGCGCUGCUCUUGCAGGCGCUGUACCUCGACGAACGCCUCGAUCAGGUGGCGUUGCUCCUGGAGCUGCGUGGCCACCUGGCCUACUUAAGGGGAUUGCAGGAUUACCACAGGCAGCGCCCCCGAGUGGCUGGAGGAAGCUAUGGCCAGCAGAAUGCCGACCUGCAUUUGGCAAGAGGAGAGCAGAGGCUUCUAUCUGUUUGGGAUGCGGAUGGAUCUGGCAAGUUGUCUUUGCAGUCUUUGCAGAUCUUCGCCCGGCUGGUGCUGGAAGAAGACUUCGAAAGCUAUCCCUGCGCCUACACUGCUCCGACGCACAAUGACUUGGCCUUUCGCAUCACCCGCAGCUCAGACAUCACGGGGUCGUUGCAUCAGCACUUGCUUGCAGUGGUCAAAACUCUGGCGUUUCACGGUGCUUCGGGUCUCUCUGUUGACACGAGGCCAAAGCCGCUGCAGGCCAAGGUGACUACGAAGCUGUUCCCGUACCAGAAAGAAGCAGCAGAGCGCCUGCUGCAGAGCCGCCACAAUGGAUCGACCGGAUCCCUCGACGCCUCAAGCUUGGGUGCUGGCAAAACAUUGGUGGCCGUGAGCUCCUUGGCAGCCACUUGCAAUAUUCCAGCUUGUAGCCUCUCGGAGUUCUGCUCUGUGUUAGCAAUGCGGCUAGGCUUCUGCAUGCACUUGGCCUCCGCGCAUGGUGGCGGCCAGUUCCUCGUGCUGGUUGCUUCAAGCUCCCUGAUGGAGGGCUGGCGGGACCAGCUGAGUCAACAUACAGCAGGUUUCUCCGAGGCCUUCCAAACAGGCCACUGGCAAGGCUUCACCUGGCAAGGCUUCACCUGGCAAGGCUUCACCUGGCAAGGUUGCUUGCGGGGCCUCCAAGCAGUCUCUGGCAAGGACGACACUGAUGCAGAGGUCCUCUUCGUGAUCUCAACCUAUUCUCGAGAUGAGUGCCUGGCCCUUCAGAACACGGAUACAUUGCAGUGCACGGCGGCUUGGCGCCUGGUCUCACGAUCGCUGUAUGGAGGACAUUUCAUCUCAGGCACCAUGUUUCGAAGGCACUACAGUGACCUUCUGGAUAUGUUGAAGAUGCUGCGAAGCUCCAUCCCAUUACGCGCGGAGUACGUGCAGGCUUACUUUGGCGCCUACCUCAUCAGCUACAUGCGACCGCAGCGGACCUGGCAGACCAAGCUUGUGCCACUUGACAUCCCUGCCGCGGUGCACUCCUCUUACCUGGAGGUGGUGGACGAAUGCCGUGGACGUGGAGCGCAGAACUUUGUCAAAGUGCUCGGUCGAAUGCGGCGAGUGCUAAGCAUCGCUCUACAGAGCGAUGCCCGGCCGCUAGCAGAGGCUAUCUGGCGGACGGCCCAGCAGCUUCGAGCCGAAGGCCGGCGGCCCUUGGUCUUCGCAUCCACGGAGCGGGAGGCAGAUGCCCUGGUUCGCCACUUGGGAUGUGCGCGGCGCUACCGGCGGCGGCACCCUGCACAUUGCCGGGGCUGUGACAUCUGCCGGAACUUCAACAAGUUCGCGCAGCCAGGAUGCGAGAAGCUGCCUCCAGUUGCAGGCUCUGAGACUGGCGAGGAGCUUUUGAUCUUCACCGUGGGCUCGGACUCGGCUGGGCUGAACUUGCAGUCCCUGGGCGACGCCUUGAUCUUGCGACCGGUUCAGAUGGACCAGCUCGUGCAGAUGAUGGGCCGGCUUGAUCGACCUGGACAGACAUCCGAGCGGCUAUGCCGUGCUAUUCUGUACAUGAAGCGGACGCAUGAGGAAGCAGAAGUGGCGCACCUCCAGAAGCAUGCUGCGUUCUGGAGCUUGCACAUUAAGCCUAUCGCUCGCCUCAUCGUCAUGGCCACAGCUGGUCCGGAUGCAGACAGUCCGCAGGAUGUCAGCGAAAGGUAUCAAAAGCUCCUGGAGGCCGAGAAAGAGAAGCCGCAAGCUGCGGCUUCACUGGAUGCCGGAGCUCCGGAGCAUGAGGCAUCCCAGCCGGAUCCUGAAGUUGGGAUGACGCCAGCAGACUUCCGCAAACGAUCCUGGAGCACGUUGCGCCCGUCGGACGCGGCGUCCGCACAAAGCCCAAAGCGCAGCUCGCCCAACAAGCUCGCCUUCCGCCAGGUCCGUGGCGUCUUGCCAGACUUGGCACCACAGCUGAGCACCACCAUCGAUCUCGAGCCGCCCUUGGACCUUGGGCAGCAGUUGCCGCGAGCCAUGACGCGCCAGAGUGUUCAGCUCGGCGUGGGCUACUUGAUUCGGAACGAUGAGAGGUUCAGGCACGUGGUUCAGCUCAUCGGGCCGCCGACCGGCAUCCUCGAGCUGCUGGGGAGGGACAGGCCGGAUCCCUUCACGACUCUGGUUCAAACAGUCUGCCACCAACAGCUGAGUGUGCGAGUCUGCCAGGGCAUGUUUGAGCGGCUGCUCGGGCUUUGUGGCAACCGGGAUACGAAGGUACUGGAGCCAGAGCGAGUGGCUGGCGAGUCGUGUGACAGGAUCCGUGAGGUGGCAAAGCUUUCAUACCGGAAGAUUGAGUACAUUCAGAAGAUUGCUCAGCACUUCCUGGAUGGAACUCUAGGCGUUGAAGUUUUCGAGGAGGCCUCAGAUGAGGAGAUCCGACAGCGGCUCACACAGCUGCCCGGGAUUGGGGACUGGACGCUCGAGAUGUUUCUGAUCUUUCAGCUCCACCGACAUGGAGGAAUCCCAUAUGGCGAUGUUGCCAUACAGAGUGCAAUGAAGAUGAUCUACAACAUUGUGCCUCCAGCCCACAUAACAGCCAAGAAUGAGGUGUCAUGGAUGCCCACCCGGCCACAGAUGGAAAUCUUUGCCAAACGUUGGGGGCCCUUUGGCAGCAUCGCAUCCUUGUACCUUCUGCGCGUGGCGGACAACGUGAAUGCAGUUUUCUUGCCUGACUGA